AUGAUAGUAUCUGAAUUUGAGGAUGCAAAUCAGUGAGGAAAGGACAUCUUUCAGCAAACAGUGCUGGACAAUUAUGUUUCUGUUUUUGUAAUAGAUGAUUCAACAUGUGUUCUUCUUGGGGAAAACAAGGACUGCAUCAGUGCUAGUUACAUUAAAAUAGUCAAUCCUGGAGAAGAGUAUUACUAUAUUGCCACCCAAGGACCACUGCCAGGUACCACAGAUGACUUUUGGAGGAUGAUUUUGGAAAAUAACUCUAAUGUUAUUGUCAUGAUAACCAGAGAGGUAGAAAAUGGAGUUAUCGAAUGCCACCAUUGCUGGCCCAUUUCUACGAAGAAGCCUGUGGAAUUGAAAAGCUGUCGUGUCUUCCUGGAGAACUACCAGAUACUUCAGAAUUCCGUCGUUCGAAUAUUUCAAGUUGUCAGGAAGUCCACAGAAACUAGUCACUUUGUAAAACACUUGCAGUUCACCAAGUGGCCAGACCAUGGCACUCCUGCCUCAGCAGAAGGUUUCAUAAAGUAUGUUCGUUAUGUGAGGAAAAGCCACGUUACAGACUGGUCCUUGAACUGCAGUGCUGGCGUGGGCCGGACAGGGGUGUUCCUCUGUGUGGAUGUUGUGUUCUGUGCCAUUGAAAAGAACUUCCCAUUCAACUUCAUGAAUAUAGUGGGCCAAAUGAGAGAACAACGUUAUAGAACGAUCCAAACAAAGGAGCAGUAUACCUUCUGGUAUAAAAUUGUGCAUGAAAUUCUUCAUAAGCUUCUGACUUUAAAGUAAGAAAGACUUCUGUUGCCUCACACUUGAAAUUACCAAAUGGCUUGGAGCUUCCUCACAAAGAAUAUGUUCAAGCUGUGCUGAAGGGCUUGCUCCUGCAAAUGUGCUUUCUUGGUGUAUCAUUUGACUUUCUUCCUGGCAAAUCCCUGAAGGCAGCAUCGUUGGAUUCGGGGUGAACGGUGUUUACCCACUGACCUUACUUAGGUAAUAGCAGGUACCCUCCCACAUUUUCCAAUGAAAUGAAAGUUACGUAAAACAACUGCAGCCUAUUUGGUUGAAGGGAUUACAGAGCUCGGUAGAGGACUUAAACUGUAUUAUUUAAGAUUUUAUUUGGAAAGACAGCUAACGGGAGCUGAGAAUUUUCAGGAUCACAAGAUCACAGGAUCACAUCAUGACCUCUUAACAGGCAUUUUCAAGGUAGACACUUAUCCAUUAUCCAUGGUUUUUAGCUAGAGGCUGUACUGUUAGGUGGUAUUUGAUUAACUUAGGUUACUGAAGAGUCCAAAUAGGAUGGGUUAACUUUCUACACAAAUUGGAUUCCAUUUUCCUGUACUUCUGCACUCCUGUGGGGCCCCAGGAACCUCAGAGGACAAGCUGCCUUUCUCGAGCAGCUGGACAAAGACCUGUUGGUCUGGGAAGUAUUUUCCUGGGUGGGCAGAGUUCCUCCUCUCCAUCACGGGAGCACACUGGUGAAAGGUCCAAAACUAAAGUAGAUGUUUAUAUAGAAAGUCCAAAAGGAAAUGUUUGCCCGUCUUGAGUUCUUUCCUAUCCCACCCUAACACUUAACAUAUUACCCAGUCUGCUUUGUUAAAAGCAAAUAUUACCUUUCACUUACCUCUUACUCUCUGCCCUUUAGCUAACCAAUGAACUCUGAUACCAGCAUCAUUACGUACUUCCGAGUAUCGCUUAUGCCAGAUAUAUUUUUCAAACUGAAAUCUAUGAUAAUUAUUUUUUUCUUCAGGGUCCCAUUAAAUCAUUUCUUUCCAUGACUGCCCCACCUCUGCUAUAACAUUUAGAAAUGGGUUUUGGGAACCAGAUUUUGGAAAACCAAAUUCAUAGUUGCCAAAACGAAAACUUCCAUAUUCUGUUUUUAAAAAGAUGUGGCCAUUAUUACAUUCGUCUUAUUACAGGAUAUUACCUCAUCCAAUUAUAGUGAUAUUUUGGUCAAGGAAUUUUAGUGACCAGUUAUACCUGAUUACAAACUAUGAAGCAAGUGAUACAUGUCUCUGUAUGAUGUAAUUCAGUAGAGAUCAGAAUAGCCUAACACUAUAUUGAAAACAUUUCUAAUAUUAAUUUGUAAAUCUUGAAUUUUUAAGAGGCUUAUUUUGUUCUC